AUGGAAGAAGAGACAAAGGAGAGCAUCGAAGAGAGUUUACUACUACCAGAAAAGAGAUCAAAAGAGGGAAGAGAAGGUAUAGCUCGAACAUGGUGGGAGUUUACUCAAGAAGCGAAAAGGCUAGCUUACAUUGCAGGACCCAUGGUGGUUACCACUAUAGCCCUCUACUUGUUGCUGGUUAUUUCAAAUAUGAUGGUGGGUCAUCUUGGUGAGCUAGCUCUUUCUAGUGCUGCCAUAGCCAUCUCUCUCUGUAAUGUUACCGGCAUCAGUCUUCUAAAUGGAAUGGCAAGUGCACUGGAAACUUUAUGUGGUCAAGCUUAUGGAGCUCAACAAUAUCGAAAAGUCGGAAACCAAGUUUAUGGUGCUAUGUUCUCUCUAAUUUUAGUUGCUCUCAUUGUAUCUCUGGUUUGGAUCAACAUGGAAAGACUUCUCAUAUUAAUUGGUCAAGAUCCCACAAUUGCUCACGAAGCCGGCAAGUUUACAUUAUGGCUCAUUCCUACCCUUUUUGCUUACGCAAUUUUUCAGCCACUUUCUAGAUACCUGCAAGUGCAAAGUUUAACCAUUCCAAUGCUUGUAAGCUCCUGUGUCACUCUCCUUUUACAUAUGCCUCUAUGCUGGUUUUUAGUAUUCAAGUCUGGACUAAGAAACGUUGGAGGAGCAUUAGCUGUCAGUAUUUCAAAUUGGUUGAAUGUAAUUUUUCUUUUAUUAUACUUCAAAAAUUCUUCUGCCUGUGCCAAAACCCGUGUCCCAAUUUCUAUGGAACUGUUCCAAGGAAUCGGAGAGUUCUUCCGCUUCGCUAUCCCAUCUUCAAUAAUGAUCUGCCUGCAAUGGUGGUCAUAUGAGAUUGUCAUCCUGCUAUCAGGGCUCUUAUCAAAUCCACAACUUGAGACUUCAGUCCUAUCUGUAUGUUUAACAACGAUUUCAACACUCUAUGCAAUUCCAUAUGGACUAAGCGCUGCAGUCAGCACUAGAGUCUCAAAUGAAUUAGGAGCUGGGCGCCCGCAAGCAGCACGUAUAGCGGCCCACUCUGUGAUGAUUCUUGCAGUCAUAGAGUUAUUUGUAGUGAGCGGAACCCUCUUUGCCACAAGGCAAAUCUUGGGCUACAGUUACAGCAAUGAGAAGGAAGUGGUGGACUAUGUCUCCAACAUGGCUCCUCUGGUUUGUUUGUCUGUUAUAGUAGAUGGCUUACAAGGGGUGCUUUCAGGUGUUGCAAGGGGAUGUGGAUGGCAGCAUAUAGGGGCUUACGUCAAUCUUUCUGCAUUAUAUCUAUGUGGGGUUCCAGUUGCUGCUAUAAUGGGCCUGUGGUUGCAGUUGAAUGCAAGGGGCCUUUGGCUUGGCAUACAAGCCGGUGCCAUUUUGCAAACAGUUUUACUGUCUCUUGUAACAAGUUGUACGAAUUGGGAAAAACAGGCAAGUCAGGCAAGAGAGAGGAUAUUUGAGGAAAGAACCUCAGUAGAAAACACUUUAGCUCUUUGUGUCACCAAAGCUUCUGUAUGGAACCUGAGAUUUGAUGUCCAUCAUGGGUUAUUUGAUGAUGAGACAAUGAUAUAG